GUUCUGUCUCUUUUGCUCUCUAGAUUUCACAAGGAACAAGGGUUUAGAGCUAAAUGUUCAUAAAUUACUCUAGUGCCACUGAAUUUUAUCUCCUUGGCUUCCCUGGCUCUGAAGAACUACAUCAUAUCCUUUUUACUAUAUUCUUCUUUUUCUACUUGGUGACAUUAAUGGAAAACACGGUCAUCAUCGUGAUUGUCUGUGUGGAUAAACGUCUGCAGUCCCCCAUGUAUUUCUUCCUCGGCCACCUCUCUGCCCUAGAGAUCCUGGUCACAACCAUAAUUGUCCCCGUGAUGCUUUGGGGAUUGCUGCUUCCUGGGAUGCAGACAAUAUCUUUGUCUGCCUGUGUUGUCCAGCUGUUCCUGUACCUUGCUGUGGGGACAACGGAGUUUGCAUUACUUGGAGCAAUGGCUGUGGACCAUUAUGUGGCUGUCUGUAACCCUCUGAGGUACAACAUCAUUAUGAACAGACACACCUGCAACUUUGUGGUUCUUGUGUCAUGGCUGUUUGGGUUUCUUUUUCAAAUCUGGCCGGUCUAUGUCAUGUUUCAGCUUACUUACUGCAAAUCAAAUGUGGUGAACAAUUUUUUCUGUGACCGAGGGCAAUUGCUCAAACUAUCCUGCAAUAAUACUCUUUUCACGGAGUUUAUCCUCUUCUUAAUGGCUGUUUUUGUUCUCUUUGGUUCUUUGAUCCCUACAAUUGUCUCCUACACCUACAUCAUCUCCACCAUUCUCAAGAUCCCGUCAUCCUCUGGCUGGAGGAAAUCCUUCUCCACUUGUGCCUCCCACUUCACCUGUGUUGUGAUUGGCUAUGGCAGCUGCUUGUUUCUCUACGUGAAACCCAAGCAAACACAGGCAGCUGAUUACAAUCGGGUAGUUUCCCUGAUGGUUUCAGUAGUAACUCCUUUCCUCAAUCCUUUCAUCUUUCACCCUCAGAAAUGAUAAAGUCAUAGAGGCCCUUCGGGAUGGGGUGAAACGCUGCUGUCAACUAUUCAGGAAUUAGCCUUGCUCUGAGGGCUUUUACAUGGUAAAGCACUUAGUAUGGAUUCUAGAAUAAUCUGAAAAGAACUUGCUCAUCUUUGAACU